AUUCACUUCCACCCUGUUUAGGAAGAAGAUCCUCCUCAAUCUCUCAUCUGAUGGCUGUGCAGUUGGAAAGCUAGCUCCUUACCAGCUCUUCCUGAAAAUAAACCUGCCUGUCGAGUGUUCUCCCUAGGCUUUGGGAAGAAACCUUGAUAUUACACCUGUGUUAAUAGGAAGCUGUUGAUUGAGAUUUCUGUUACAAAGUCUUCCUGUCAGGAGUAAGUCACUUCAUAAAACGAAAUUGAGAGCUUGUAAUCAUAGAGUGCUGUUUUUCAAUCUUAAACUUUUAACCAAGAAUGAAACUAUUUAAAAAUUAAGAUGCCAACAGAUCACGAAGAGCCCUGUGGUCCCAGUCACAGGUCAUUUUGCCUGAAUGGAGGGAUGUGUUAUGUGAUACCCACUAUUCCCAGCCCAUUUUGUAGAUGCACUGAAAAUUAUACAGGAGCUCGUUGUGAAGAGGUUUUUCUCCCAAGCUCCAGCAUCCAAACUAAAAGUGACCUGUUUGCAGCUUUUGUGUCAUUGACUAUUCUUCUAGGAACUCUUAUCAUUGGAGCCCUCUACUUCCUUUUCAGGAAGGGCCACCUGCAGAGGGCCAGUUCAGUCCAGUAUGAUAUCAACCUGGUAGAGACAAGCAGUACCAGUGCCCACCACAGUGAGUAA